UUUUUUCCCUCUUUUCCAAAACGUCCCGCGACGAGAUAGAGAGAGAGAAGAAGAAGAAGGAGACGAACAAGAAGCAGAAAACCCAAAUCCUUCCCUGUAAGCCUCAAAUUUCAGUUUAAAAAAUGCCUCGAGAAAUCAUCACUUUGCAAGUCGGACAAUGUGGGAAUCAGAUCGGAAUGGAGUUCUGGAAGCAGCUGUGCCUCGAACACGGCAUCAGCAAAGAAGGGAUUCUCGAAGAUUUCGCUACUCAGGGUGGUGACAGGAAAGAUGUGUUUUUCUAUCAAGCUGAUGAUCAACACUACAUACCAAGAGCUCUGCUGAUGGAUUUAGAGCCUAGAGUCAUCAAUGGGAUUCAAAACAGUGAAUACCGGAAUCUCUACAAUCAUGAGAAUAUAUUUGUCUCAGAUCAUGGAGGUGGUGCUGGAAAUAAUUGGGCGAGUGGGUAUCACCAGGGAGAGCAGGUUCAAGAGGAUAUAAUGGACAUGGUUGAUAGGGAAGCUGAUGGAAGUGAUAGUCUUGAGGGGUUUGUUCUAUGCCAUUCAAUAGCUGGAGGAACUGGCUCAGGAAUGGGUUCAUACUUGUUGGAGACCUUGAAUGAUCGCUACAGCAAAAAACUUAUUCAGACAUACAGUGUGUUUCCUAACCAGAUGGAGACAAGUGACGUAGUUGUCCAGCCAUACAAUUCACUUUUGACACUUAAGCGGCUUACACUGAAUGCAGAUUGUGUUGUUGUUCUUGACAACACUGCAUUAAAUAGGAUUGCUGUUGAACGCUUACAUCUGGCAAACCCUACCUUUGCACAAACAAAUUCUUUGGUUUCGACUGUAAUGUCUGCAAGCACAACCACUCUGCGUUAUCCAGGAUACAUGAACAAUGAUUUGGUUGGGCUUCUUGCAUCUUUAAUUCCGACACCUAGAUGCCAUUUCCUAAUGACAGGGUACACUCCACUUACUGUGGAGCGUCAGGCUAAUGUAAUUCGAAAAACUACAGUACUAGAUGUCAUGAGAAGACUUCUGCAGACUAAGAAUAUCAUGGUUUCCUCUUAUGCACGAACAAAAGAAGCAAGUCAAGCAAAGUACAUAUCAAUAUUAAAUAUCAUCCAAGGAGAAGUAGAUCCUACUCAGGUUCAUGAAAGCUUGCAGAGAAUACGUGAAAGAAAGCUUGUUAACUUCAUUGAGUGGGGUCCUGCAAGCAUUCAGGUUGCAUUAUCUAGAAAGUCCCCAUAUGUUCAAACUGCUCAUAGGGUUAGUGGUCUUAUGCUAGCUAGCCAUACUAGUAUACGGCACCUCUUCAGUAAAUGUUUGAGCCAGUAUGAGAAGUUGAGAAAGAAACAAGCCUUCCUUGACAACUAUCGGAAGUUCCCUAUGUUUGCAGAUAAUGAUCUUUCUGAAUUUGAUGAAUCUCGAGAAAUAAUAGAAAGCUUGGUUGACGAGUACAAAGCUUGUGAGUCACCUGAUUAUAUCAAAUGGGGAAUAGAGGACCCAGACCGGGCUCUAACUGGAGAAGGCAAUGCUACAGGGACAGUUGAUCCUAAAUUAGCAGUGUAAACUAUCCAAGUAAGCCAUGCACUCCUGUUUCAAAGAAAACCUUUGAAGCAUGGUUGGAUCUUUCCUUUUGCCAAGUAAAAUGAAGUUUAUUUUAUGAAAAUUCCUUUGCAAAAGGAAUUCAGAGAAGCAAGGAUGUGAUUAAUGAGCUUGAUAUGGUGGAAAUUCAGUGUCGAAAUGGCACAACUCUGGGGCUGUAAAUUUCUGUUGUGUACCACUGUAUGUUUUGGGUUUGAUUGUGCUUGCUUGCUUCAUGCUUACUACUGCAUUUCUCCUUUCAAGUCUUUGUAUCUCUGCCAGCUGGAGCUAAUUUCCAGUCAUUUGAUCAUAGACCUAAAAUAGGA